AUGGCCGCUGCUCAGCCCUGCUGCCAUCGGGGCUCGGAACCCAGCCAUCCGCUGCGAGUCGUCUCCUGGAACAUUGGGCUGCGCGGCCUCGCGACGCUCGCGUCGAGCACCGCGGCCUCGUUCGAUGCGCCGGACGUGCACGGCAUCUCGCGGCGUCAGAGCUUUGGCUCGCUCGCCACUCUGCUCGCGGCUCUCGACGCCGACAUUGUCUGCUUUCAGGAGGUGAAGCUGCGCGAGAUGGAGCGGCAUCUGGCGCUCGUGGACGGGUGGGACUCCUACUUUUCUCUCUGCCGCGCACGCGAGCCGCGCACGUCGGGCGGUCGCUACGCCGGCGUUGCCACGUUUUGCCGCACUGGCUGUCGGCCGCGGCUCGCCGCGGAGGGCGUGACGGGCGUGCUCGACUCGUCCAUCGGGCACCGCGCGAGCCUCGUCGCCGAGUCGAGCGAGGAGGAGCUGCGGCAGAUCGACUCGGAGGGCCGGUGCGUCAUCACCGUCCAUGCCGACCUCGCCCUGCUCAACGUGUACGCGCCUGCCAACACGGCGUCCGACCCGGAAGAGUCGGAGCGGAGGCGCGCCUUCAAGGCGAGCUUCCUGCGCGCACUCGAGCUGCGCUGCCGCGACCUCGCGGCGGCGGGGCUGCGCGUCCUCCUCAUCGGCGACAUGAACAUCUCGCCCUCGCGCCUCGACUCUGCUCGCGAGGCGGAGCUGCUGCAAGCGCCUCCGCCGCCGUCCGCCUCGCGGCUGUGGCUGCAGGCGCUGCUGGGGCCGCCGCGGCCCUUCUUCGCAGACGCGUUCCGAGCCCUCCACCCGGCCCGCGGCGGGGCGUACAGCUGCUUCCACGUCGCUUCCGGCGCCGACCGGCACAACUACGGCUCGCGCAUCGACCUCGCCCUCCUCGCGCCGCCUCCGCUCCUCCCCUCCUCGGGACAGGCUGGCUCGGGGCAGGCUGGCUCGGGGCAGGCUGGCUCGGGGCUGGCUGACGGCAGCUCUGCACACGCGUCGGUCGUCAAGAAGGCGGGGCCGACGCAGGGAAAGACGUUCUACAGCUGCGCGCGCGCCGAGGGGCACCGCGGCGACAAGGAGAGCAACUGCCGCUUCUUCCAGUGGGCCGCCGCUGCCGAGCGCAAGCGCAAGGGGCCGCCGGCAUGACCGCGAAUCGGCACCAACGCGCGCACACCCACUCUCCGCGCGCGAAUUCUGCGUGGCGGAGAACAGCGGAGUACAGUAUACGGCCGUGGCCCGUGCGACUACUUGCGUUUUGUGUCUCACCGCACCGGCCUAGACCGUAUAUACUUGUGUGUCAUGUCUCAUGUCUGGUUACUGGUCGUUUUGGUAGAGCGCGCGGCAAGG